UGGUGACUUAGACGUCAGUGAGAUUGAUGAUGCGAAAUCUUUCAACGAUCUGAUAUGUCCCUUAAUACAGAAGAAACUCAUUUCCAAUACCAACGUCAUAUACCUUCAGCAUCUUUUCAGAAGAAUAGGCGCCAACGAGUUGAACCAAAUCUGCAUAGAAUAUGCAACGGGAAUGCACGCCUUGUGUUUCUAUGAGAGUCCUGUCGGAGGAAGAUAUGAUCAAGUAGAAUUCCACAUAGAUGGUGAUAUAAAAGACUACGAUAGGAAUUACCUGAAUGAUAUCAAAGACACAGUUGCAAAGAUGCUAGAAUGCCAAGCGAAUGAGAUUUUCAUUAAUGGCGUGAAAGCCGGCAAUAGUUUCUAUCUAUGCAUUGCCAUUAAAAAGAAGUAUACCAACAAGAUCCUUAGCUUGGAUCCAAUUAAUAUAAGCUCACUUCGUACUCUGCAGAUCGACUUUUUCAAAAUAGGAGAUCAAAAAAUAUCCACAGGCGCCUUGUUGAUAAACAGUAUAACCAUUUCUGGUGCAGAACAGAUUUUGCAUAUCUCGUUUAAAACGCAAGAUGAACUGUUUGUGAGUGAUAAAGAAAAUAUUUGUCUUGUGGAUUCCGCUGGCAAAAUAUUGAAUUCCGGAUUUGAGAGUGCAUACUAUCCCUCAGGGAGUCACACCGUCACAGACGAUUUGGAUUUUCUGUUUGUAGAUACCAAUGGAGUCCAUAAAUUAUCACCAGACGGGGUUAUCGCCACACCCUUCUAUUCCCCGGCACCAUAUUGCAUCCACUCCUCCCACAUUAACGGCGACAUGCUGGUGGGAAGUUUUGGGAAAGUGACGAGGUACGACAGGAAUGGACGGAAACUAAAUGUCAUUAAUUAUCCCCAUGUACGUUAUUUCCAUCCGAUCUACAUCACGGAAAACAAAAACGGAGACAUUUGGACUUCUGACCUUUGGCUUACAGCAGUAACAGUGGUGGAUAGAUCAGGAGGUCAUCGGUUUGACUACACAGGUCCUUAUUCUCACUUUCGUCCUCGUGCUCUUUGUGCGGACGUUCUCGGACAUGUGCUGGUGUGUGAUUGCCAUAAUGACAGUGUUUAUCUCCUGGAUCAGGACGGGAACUUCCUGUAUCUACUGCUGACACAAGAAAUACAUGAAAUUUAUCAUCCAACGGCUCUCUGUGUGGACGAUCAACACAACCUCUACAUCGGACAGGAAUAUAGCAACACAAUAUGUGUCUACAAGUAUCUACAGAAUACGGAUGUAAAGCACAGUACAGACCAGAAGCAUUACUCUAAAAACACGGAGAUCCGUGCACCGAAACGCCUUGGCAAAAAGAGGUCUAACAAAGUCGGUGAUCCCUAUUAUGCUACGUAAUAACAUUGAAUCUGCCACGAUGUGUCUACGGCGUGUCACGGUAUCAUACGAGGCAUAAACUAUUAUCUUGUACAGGUUUGGGUUGAGGGUUACAAUACAUUUUUCGUACAAAAUAUCAUCAAAAUAGUGAUCAUUCAAAGUUCGAAGAUAUGUAUUCUAUAGUUAGAUGGUUUAAUGUAACUAAUAAUUUUGUAGAUAAUUUGAAACAAAUUCUCACAAGUAAAAGACUACGGAUUACUCCACUCUGUUUACCUGAUCAAGAUAUACGACUCAUGGAUAAUAGAUGUUUCCUACUCAUAGACACCAGAUCCCGCCUCUCGUGUGUCCAGGGGCCCGUGUUUGCCUUACUCUUAAUUUUGUACGUUUACAGGAAUUAUGAGAUUGAACACUUUUCUUUACCUCCACUUUUUCAUAGUUUCAAAAAAGGUCUAACGCUGAUGAACAGGUGUUAAUGUGAAACGAUUUGGAGAAAUUGAAGACAUUGUCUUCACAACUUUCCUGUAAAUUAUUUAUGUAUGAAUUUUUUCAUCCCACUAUUUGAUGUUAUAAUUUUUUUUAUUUCCUUUAAAUCCAAGAACCUUUAUCUACAGGAAUUGUUAGAAAGCACAUUAUUUUCUUUGAUUUUUAUAUCCUCUAAUAUUUACAGCAUCACCAGAUAUCUGUGAAAUAGAACCAUAGACUUUGAUGUCUUUUGUUCAACAAAAAGACUGCAAUAUGUGGAUCAUUGUCAUGUGUUUAUCACAGAAACGUGUUAUUUUAGUAUGAAAUAAAGAUGUGUA